AUGGCAGAACGUACAAGGGUGUUCUGUCAAAAUGUCCAUGGCUGGGAACGUGCACCAUUGGUUCAGGUUCAUAGCGCAGGAGUUCAGCUGCACAUUCCGGCGCCAACAUUCCACGUUGGUGUAAUGCUGCCUCAGAAUCGAACCCACCUGAGCAACUUGCGCAUGGGCACCAUGUUUUACAUGUGCCCUGCACUAGUCAUGAAGGGGCAAGUCGGGCCGCCAUCAGACGUGUUCUCGCUGGGUGUGAUGCUAUGGGAGCUCUACCACGGCCGCCGCGCCGGCAUCCGCACCGACCAAGGCCCCCGGUAUAGCAGCAUCUUCCCCGCCUUCCCACCCUCGUGCCCGGAGACCUACCGGGCAGUGGCGCUUCAUUGCUUGCAACGUCAGCCCCAAAACAGGCCGCCAGCGAUCCUUGUGGAGGCGCACCUGGAGCGCCUCAUGGCCGCCGUCGCGACGGCAGUGCCGCUGGGCUCUCUAGCGACAGGGGCAGCAGGGGACUCCUUCACGGGGUCAAGUAUGCUGCCGUCGACGCAAGGUCACGGAGCCGGGGCCAGCAAGUACGGUAACCCGCAUUGCGUCCACAUUGCCUACGACCCCUACACCGUCUUCAUUAACGUCGCUAAUGGCUUCAGUGAAAUUUAA